UCGGACCGACGCUCGCCCGAGCCCGGAUUCUCUUUGUUCCGCAGCCAUUUCAGGCCCCGGACUGGAGGCGGCGACGCUUCGGCGGAAGGCCCGAGCGCCGGAGGCCUCUGGGAUGGUGUGGGACCGGCAAACCAAGAUGGAGUACGAGUGGAAACCCGACGAGCAAGGGCUUCAGCAAAUCCUGCAGCUGCUGAAGGAGUCCCAGUCCCCCGACACCACCAUUCAGAGGACCGUGCAACAAAAACUGGAACAACUUAAUCAAUAUCCAGAUUUUAACAACUACCUGAUUUUUGUUCUUACAAAAUUAAAAUCUGAAGAUGAACCCACAAGAUCAUUGAGUGGUCUCAUUUUGAAGAAUAAUGUGAAAGCACAUUUUCAGAACUUCCCAAACGGAGUAACAGACUUUAUUAAAAGUGAAUGUUUAAAUAAUAUUGGUGAUUCUUCUCCUCUGAUCAGAGCCACUGUUGGUAUUCUGAUUACAACCAUAGCCUCCAAGGGAGAAUUGCAGAAUUGGCCUGACCUCUUACCAAAACUCUGUAGCCUGUUGGAUUCUGAAGAUUAUAACACCUGUGAGGGAGCAUUUGGUGCACUUCAGAAGAUAUGUGAAGAUUCUGCUGAAAUUUUAGAUAGUGAUGUGCUAGAUCGUCCUCUCAACAUUAUGAUUCCCAAAUUUUUACAGUUCUUCAAGCACAGUAGCCCCAAAAUAAGGUCUCAUGCUGUUGCAUGUGUCAAUCAAUUUAUCAUCAGUAGGACUCAAGCUCUGAUGUUGCACAUUGAUUCUUUUAUUGAGAAUCUCUUUGCAUUGGCUGGUGAUGAAGAACCAGAGGUGCGGAAAAAUGUGUGCAGGGCACUCGUGAUGUUGCUCGAAGUUCGAAUGGAUCGUCUCCUUCCUCACAUGCACAAUAUUGUUGAGUACAUGCUACAAAGGACCCAAGACCAAGACGAAAAUGUAGCUUUAGAAGCCUGUGAAUUUUGGCUCACUUUGGCUGAGCAGCCAAUCUGUAAAGAUGUACUCAUAAGACAUCUUCCCAAAUUGAUUCCUGUGUUAGUGAAUGGCAUGAAGUACUCAGAUAUAGAUAUUAUCUUGCUUAAGGGUGAUGUUGAAGAAGAUGAAACAAUUCCUGAUAGUGAACAAGAUAUAAGGCCACGUUUUCAUCGAUCAAGAACUGUGGCUCAACAGCAUGAUGAAGAUGGAAUUGAAGAGGAAGAUGAUGAGGAUGAUGAAAUUGAUGAUGAUGAUACAAUUUCUGACUGGAACCUAAGAAAAUGUUCUGCCGCUGCCCUAGAUGUUCUUGCGAAUGUGUAUCGUGAUGAGCUACUGCCACAUAUUUUGCCACUUUUGAAAGAAUUACUUUUCCACCAUGAGUGGGUUGUGAAAGAAUCAGGCAUCCUGGUUUUAGGAGCAAUUGCUGAAGGUUGCAUGCAAGGCAUGAUUCCAUAUCUACCUGAGCUCAUUCCUCACCUUAUCCAGUGCCUCUCUGAUAAAAAGGCUCUUGUGCGUUCUAUAACAUGCUGGACUCUUAGCCGCUAUGCACACUGGGUAGUCAGCCAGCCACCGGAUACUUACCUGAAGCCAUUAAUGACAGAAUUGCUAAAACGUAUCCUGGAUAGCAACAAGAGAGUACAAGAAGCUGCCUGCAGUGCCUUUGCUACACUAGAAGAGGAAGCUUGUACAGAACUUGUUCCUUACCUUGCUUAUAUACUUGAUACCCUGGUCUUCGCAUUUAGUAAAUACCAGCAUAAAAACCUGCUCAUCCUCUACGAUGCCAUAGGAACAUUAGCAGAUUCAGUGGGACAUCAUUUAAAUAAACCAGAAUAUAUUCAGAUGCUAAUGCCUCCACUCAUCCAGAAAUGGAACAUGUUAAAGGAUGAAGAUAAAGAUCUUUUCCCUUUACUUGAGUGCCUGUCCUCCGUUGCCACGGCCCUGCAGUCUGGCUUUCUUCCCUACUGUGAACCUGUGUAUCAGCGUUGUGUAAACCUAGUACAGAAGACUCUUGCUCAAGCCAUGCUGAAUAAUGCUCAACCAGAUCAAUAUGAGGCUCCAGAUAAAGAUUUCAUGAUUGUGGCUCUUGAUUUACUCAGUGGCCUGGCUGAAGGCCUGGGAGGCAACAUUGAGCAGCUAGUCGCUCGAAGUAACAUUCUAACACUAAUGUAUCAGUGCAUGCAGGAUAAAAUGCCAGAAGUUCGACAGAGUUCAUUUGCCCUAUUAGGUGACCUGACUAAAGCUUGCUUUCAGCAUGUUAAGCCUUGUAUAGCUGAUUUCAUGCCAAUAUUGGGAACCAACCUAAAUCCAGAGUUCAUUUCAGUUUGCAACAAUGCCACAUGGGCAAUUGGAGAAAUCUCCAUUCAAAUGGGUAUAGAGAUGCAGCCUUAUAUUCCUAUGGUGUUGCACCAGCUUGUAGAAAUCAUUAACAGACCCAACACACCAAAGACGUUGUUAGAGAACACAGCAAUAACAAUUGGUCGUCUUGGUUACGUUUGUCCUCAAGAGGUGGCCCCCAUGCUACAGCAGUUUAUAAGACCCUGGUGUACCUCUUUAAGAAACAUAAGAGACAAUGAAGAAAAGGAUUCAGCAUUCCGAGGGAUUUGUACCAUGAUCAGUGUGAAUCCCAGUGGCGUAAUCCAAGAUUUUAUAUUUUUUUGUGAUGCUGUUGCAUCCUGGAUUAACCCAAAAGAUGACCUGAGAGACAUGUUCUGUAAGAUCCUUCAUGGAUUUAAAAAUCAAGUUGGAGAUGAAAAUUGGAGGCGUUUCUCUGACCAGUUUCCUCUUCCUUUAAAAGAGCGUCUUGCAGCUUUUUAUGGUGUUUAAUCUAAUACACUUAAGCUGCAGUCCCAAAUAUUAGGGGUCCUUCAGUGUUGGAGACCUUGAGGGAACCUCUGCACCCAGGGAAAAUGUUCCCCUUUACAGGGGGGAAGGGUAAACCAGUAGGGGAUGCAGUACAAUCCCAACCCUACUGGGAGGGGCGGGAGGGAGGUGUUGCCGUCACUGUAUUAAGUCGAUGUUGGGAAAUGUUUUAACAUCUGGAGCCUUUGUGGGUGGAAAUCUGUCUCCAAUUACAACUCUGCACUGGAUGUGAAGAAGCAAAAAACAAAACAAAAUUCAGUCUACUCACAAAACAGUACAUUCUGGAAUCUUAUGGGGAAUUGUACCAAAACAAGAACCAUAUAAAUGAUGCAUAGGGACAAGAAAGAGGGAAAAUUCCAUAGCGCACAAUAAAGAAAUCUUAAGAAUGGGGGUUACAAACAGUGAAGAAGGUUUUUUUUUUUUUCUUAAAAAGUUUUUUAUAUAAACUUUCCCACAUAUGGGGCCUUGUUUUGCAUGCUGAUGAAGAACUACACAAAAAAGCUAGUUGAGUUAAAAUCAGCUUGCCUUCCCAUAGUAGAAGCAGGUUCUUGAAAGUUAACAAUUUAAGGUACCCCCCAAAAGAACGUUGGAAAUAAAACAAAACAAAUUUAAACAAUGAAGCACCCUGUGAAAUGCCAAAUGAGUCACUCCUUUUACCUUUGUGGGCUGGGCAGGGAGGGAGGAAUAAAUGAAUGGGAUUGGGCAUAUCAUAACUAAAGAUGAUAUCUUAAUUUUACAUUAAAACAUUAGUGGAUAUAAUUUGAUGGUUGUACUUCAUUAGAUUUAAUUUCUAGGCCAACGCGUUACUUUAAAGUGCAGUUUAAGAUUCAGGCAUGCAUUCUGGCUCAUAGUGAUUGAAAGUAAUUUAAAUUAGUGGGGAAGUAGCAUGCCUGCAUCACAUAGAGUGAGACUGGUAUUCAUUUACCUAUGCUGCGCCAGUUUGUGUUGCAGUUUACCAAUUCAAUAUAGCCCUGCAUUUAAAAUUCCUUUUUAAGAUUUGUGGAUUUUAUUUUUAUUAAGAAUAUAGAUAUAUAAAGUACUGUAGUUUACAACUAGGCCUUGAAGUAUCUCUUUAGGAUCUGUUAGGAAUAAGAUUGAUAUUGUAUUGUGUGUAACCUGCACAAUGUGGAAAGCUGAUAUACCUGUGCAAAAUCUUUGCCUCUGUGCUGUCAGUGUGAUGUGCUUUCUGCAUGGUUAUAUACUACUAGUGAUUUUAUCAAAACUUCUAAAGUUUCAAUUACAUGGUAAAAGAUCUGUAAAAGGCUGCAUAAAUGUUAGUUGGCACAUAAAGACAAUUGUAGAAGUUGAAAAAUGAUUGCUAUAUUUCAAUGUUUAUUCCCACUCAACAUAAUGCCUUCUAAGCUUUCCCCCUUUUUUUGUUCAAAGCAUGAUCUUACAGGUAUGUUUAAGUUCACGGAUGUAAUGCAGGGUUCCUACGCUGUAUUGGCGCAUGUUGGUGGCCCUCCGUGCCCUAGGCAGACGCACACAGGGUACAAGUCAAAAGCUACAGAGUGAAAGUGGGUUUGGAUCCUUUUCAUUUCAUUUGUUUAGCUUUCUGUUAUUUUUCUCUACUUGUACUCCUGUGAAUAAAUCCUUGUUAAGUUAA